UAAACAUCAGAACUGUCAUUUUACAUAAUCAACAGUGGGCGGGUUGUUUCUGCUUUCCUCUUCAGUGCACGAUGUCGGUUCCAAGUUUACUGUCCAGGUUGACCGUUUCCGGCUCCAAUUUGGCCGGGUUUGGCUUCCAGCAGGUUCGCACCAAGUGGACCGACUGGCGGAUGCUGAAGGACGCAAAACGCCGCAAGUGCGUGGUUGAAUCCGCCAAGGACCGGCUGCGGGUAAAUUCGCUCCGCAAGAACAACAUCCUGCCGGUGGAGUUGCGUGAGGUGGCCAGUGCCGAGAUACACGCCUUUCCGCGGGAUACCUCGCUGGUGCGAGUUCGGGAGCGGUGUGCCGUUACUUCGCGUUCCCGCGGUAUCGUGCACCGGUGGCGCGUUAGCCGAAUCGUUUGGAGACAAUUUGCCGACUAUAACAAGCUGUCCGGCGUGCAGAGGGCCAUGUGGUAAGUGGAUGGAGUGGUAAAUAUAGAAUAGUUUCAAAAAAUA